AGUUCUCGCAUUCUCUUCAGUAGCGGCGGCUGUGCAACUUCUUCGACACUUUCGGAGUGAAAUAAGCGUGCGAAAAUUCGCGCGAUGUCUGAAUAUUUUCUACUACGAAUCUUAAAAAUUCUAAAAUUGUGAGUGAAAGUGGCGUGACUGUACUAACAGGAAAGUUUUGCCCUUUGAAGUAAAAUAUACAAUGUUUGUGAGAACGGAUCACUUAUGGAGGUAGCUGGUUUGUUGUUCUUGAUGCUACCAUGCCUGGCAUACGCGAUGGGAGGAAUGACGGAUGUUAGCCUAAGGAUCACCAGGCAGAACAAAGGGGAUGUCUUCACCCCAGAAGAUGUGAAAUCAUGCACUCCCGAAACUUGCGUGGGUUUGAGCAGCGGUACGGCUUCAGCCCCAUCAUAUAGCGACCCAUGCACCUGCCAAUGUCACCCCCAUUUGCCCGCAUUCAGAGAAGACCUACGAAUAUGCGUGGACGAUAUUCACGAAUGUAUGCUGGCACCCUUCGUGGGAGGCUCCACUUCGGAGACGAUUCCUUUCGUGUUUCUGCCUCUCAAAGGCCAGAUCAUCCAUCCCAGCAAGGAGAUCAGCUUUUCGGGUGUGCAAACUCCGAUUUGCGCCGUUUCCGGAGCGAAAUUUCUGACCGAGUCCGGGUGGGUGGACUUGCGGAAUCCCGUCGAUACCGAUGUGCCGUUCCGGUUAUUCCGCGAUGAAGGCCGCACGUUUUUGCAGUGGGUCGGUGAGGCGGAUCUACGGAGUAAGAUGUCCGGACGACUGGUCCUCGUCUACUUGAUGUGUCGGGAACUGGCCACCAAUGAACCUCUCACACCAACGGGGUACACGCUUUUCUCGCCAUGUGUUGCCUUCAGGGUAGUGGGGUCCCCGACGAAAUUCCUCAGCAAUGUCAGCGAAGUGGCUUUCUCAACAGAUGCUCAUUCAUCUUCUGAAAAUUCGAAUAGGUUAAGUGUGUCCGAAUACGUCGCUAUUGGAACAUGUAGCGUGCUACUCGGGCUGAUUUACGUCGCUUCGGUCUUCCUUUAUGUCCAUUUGAAGAAAAGAAAUAAGGAUACUUCACGUAAAAGUGAAGAUAAAAAUCUAACAAGUGCCGAAGAAGGGGUCGUGAAGAACAAUCCGCUGUUAAAUAUGACAGGGCAUUUCCAGCCAGAUACGAUCUACACCGACUCAACGAGCUCCGAUCCUGAAGCAGAUCUAGUCCAGCACAGCGAUGACAAAAAGACUAAAUUGGGUCACACAACUUCCGCCCUGGUCCAUUCACAGUACCAACACACUUUCGGUCUCCCGCCCUCAGUUUAUCUCGAUUCUAAUCAUCAAGACCCAUCAUCUAUCGAAAAACUCCCCGAAGAGAAUGUUUCCAUAGUUGAGACUCUCGAAGGGCGAGAUGACCGGAUCGAUUCUUUUAAAGCCCUCACAGGAACAGUCCGACGAAAAUUAUACUUCAACCCGGCCUAUUUCGAGCCCCAACUUCUAUUGACGCCUCCACCUGCCGCCCUUGAAUUUUUGGCAAAAAUCCGCGAAGUCAUAACAAUUGCCAAACAAAAAAUGGCCGCUAAAAAAUUCUCACCAAGCCUCAUCGUUAUCCCUGAAGAAGACAACUCUCACACUGAAUCACCCUACGACAACCCCAAACCUUCCAUGAGCCGUCGUAGUAGUAUGAUAAGCCUCAAACGUGAAAAUAGUCGUCGAAAAACUUGCACCGGAUGCCCAGGUUGUGAGCCUCAAGAUUUCACCCAAUUGUGCGGAAAACUCCCCGAAUUCCCCUCCCUGGGCGCUUGCAAAACCUGUUCGUCCACCGACAGCAAACAGAGGAGUAUCCGAAAGUGGCUCGAAGAUGUUCCUGUGUUGAAGCAAAGUGAAGAAGCUUUCGGAAGAACUCCAAAGAGGUUAAGAUCGCCAACUCGAUCGCUUCCAGAUGGAGCCGCCACCCCCUCGAGGGCGCUUUCCCCGCGACCGGCGUCCGAAAGAGCGACUUCGCCGGAAAAAAAUCACCGCCGAGUUUUUAAACCUAAAGCGCCGCCUCCGCCGCCCCCUGAACACCAAUACGAUUCGGUUCCUGUCGAGAAAAGGGAGAUGAGUUUCCCGCCACCGGAUAUGAUUCAUGAGGCAAUGGUGGUUGAUCAGGAGGAGAUUCGAAUUCCCACUCUUACGAAAAAGCAUAUGAGGGCGGUAAUUGAGGAGUUGGCCAUUCAGAGGGGGAUGGUUGAUUCGAGUCCGGAAACAGCAAAACGGGGGAUAAAUUAUGAAACGGAUAGUUUGGAACGAAACAGGGGGUACAGCACACCAACAGAAUAUGCAGAUCUUUCGUCUUCGCAGCCUAGUCCUAGCCUCAGUACUGCCCUACCCAUGGAUGAAGAAAUGACCAUGAGGAAUGCCAUAUUUAAUAAGAAGACCGGAAAUAUGACCAUUUCGAAAAUCAACGUGGAUUGUCUUCAUGAAGAUGAACACGACUAUGAACUAAUUGUUCUGAAAAAAGGCACUCUUCAGAAACAAAAUUUCUACAAGUUACCGGAGCUUCUCCAGAGGAGUAACGGUUAUAGUUUGGUUAGCGAGGUUUACGUCAAUAAUGGUUAUAACUACAGUAGUGCUCCUUCAUCUUCCAGCGAUUCCAAUUGUUCCACUUUUGACAGACGCACCCUCAAAGUUCGAUACGAAGACGGUGUCGAAAAGCCGGGCAAACUCCUCAUCGAAGUAAAAGACUGCGCUGAUCACUACAUCCCUGUGCAUGAUUCGGACAGCUUCGAGCCCGACACCCUUGACCGCAAACCUUCGAAACUUAAACUAACUCCUCGUUUCGAAGACGAAUUCAUUGACUCCCUCGAACGUCCCUCUCGCAUUCUCCUCCGAAGCAACGGGAGUUUCAAAAACAUCCCCUCAUCUCCCAUUCACAACACGAGCAACUUCAACCGAGUUUUCGGCAGUCUUCGUGAGAUUUACGAGGCCAAAACUCGAGGCUUCAAACCACCACCGAGUAGCUAUUCUGACAACGGUAUCGAAGGCCGGAUUUUAUCCCUUGAAGAGCGCCACUCGAAACGCCAGAGGAGAUUAACAACUCUCGGGAACAUCCCUCCCGAUUUGAUCCCCCCACCACCUCAUGGGGAUUCCCCCAUUUAUGAACACCCGAAGCCUCCCAGAAAGGUUCAUCCGGACGAUGAGGAGAUUCUGGUUAAACCUCCACUGCCUCCAAAAAACGUGAUUGGCAGGGGUGUCAGCAGGAAUACGGGAGGUAAGGUUGGCACUCCUGAGAGAUGGACGAAGCAAGAAGAUCCGGGAUAUUUGAGCGAUUCCAGUUCCCCCAAAUUGAAAAGUGAGAGCGAUGAAAGUGUUGAUGAGGGACAUAGUGAAUCAGGGGCAGAAAGUGUUGAAACACACUCGGUGUUUUUCGGCAGUUUCAGAAAACCAAAUUUUCUAGCUUUCGGGUCUAUGGACAGCGGAGUGGAUAGUAUGAAAGAGUCGCUCCAAAUUAAUAAAAUACUCGUAGUUAAUGAAAAGUCUUUCUCUUAAGGCUGACAUCUUCUUUUUUGUUGUUUAGCCACUUGUCUGUCGUCUGUGUGAUAUAGUUUAAGCGGGCCGGAAGUGCAAUUUUAGUCGAUAGGUUGCAAUACUAGAGUUAAGUAGGUUUAAGUCGGCAAUUUUGACUGCUGUAACUCAAACAGCUACAGCCAAAUCAUUCUUAGCAUAGGUUAGAAACAAGUGCAAUAAGUACUACCUUAUUUUAAAGCACCUUAAGAAAUCACGUGCAAUAUUUACCGUGUAGAAGUCUAGUUUUUAUUUAUACAUUUUUACAUAUUUUAAAUUAUUUGCUCAUGAUAAGUUAGAACUGUAUAUAGCAAUUUGCAGAGGGCGUAACGUGCAAGCUUCCACGUACCUGUAUUGUAUAAAGUCGGGAUUGGGGGCCGUACUGCAAAAUUGUUGGGUCGGUUAGGUCGGUUAUGGUGAAAAAAAGGCAAAACCACUUUGUUUCAUAUUUAUACUUUUGUUAAAAAAAUUUGAGGAAUAUAUCCAUGUUAACAA